AUGGGGUAUGACUUGAGCAAGGCAGAAGACUCGGGCGAGCAAGUGGCGCCGAGGCGUAGGAAUAAUGCAGUUUGUGACCGAGAUGACGUUAGUUCGUGUCCCGUCAUUGUUAUUACCCUCGUGAGAGUUAUCAACGAAGUCGCCAGCAUCGGCAGGACCGCCCACGUCAACGUCGUCACUCUUCUGGGAUUCUGCCAAGAAGGUAAGAGAAGAGCGCUGGUCUACGAGUACAUGCCCAAUGGCUCCCUGGAGAGGUACAUCUACUCCGAUCCGCCCGAGACAUCGCUUCCUUGGGACAAACUGUACCAGAUAGCAAUCGGCAUCGCCCGAGGGCUCGAGUAUCUGCAUCAAGGUUGCAACACCCGCAUCGUGCACUUCGACAUCAAGCCUCACAACAUCCUCCUCGAUGAGGAUUUCUGCCCCAAGAUAGCAGACUUCGGGUUGGCGAAACUGUGCCCUAGGAAGGAAAGCAUACUCUCCAUGGCGGAGGCAAGAGGAACGAUAGGGUACAUGGCGCCGGAAGUGUUCUCCAGGAGCUUUGGAGCGGUUUCGACCAAAUCUGAUGUCUACAGCUACGGAACGAUGGUGUUGGAAAUGGUGGGAGGAAGAAAGAACAUAAAAGCACGUGCAGAUGCUAGGACGAGCGACGCAUGCUUCCCCCACUCGAUUUACCAGUAUCUGGAUGGAGGUGAAGAUGACCUGCGAGUUGGUGAUGUGACGGCGGAAACGGAGGAGAUCCCGAGGAAGAUGAUGUUGGUCGGGUUGUGGUGCAUACAAACCGCGCCGCCGAAUCGGCCUUCCAUGAGCAGAGUCGUUGAGAUGUUGGAAGCAAGCGUCGGUGACAUUGAAAUGCCACCGAAGCCAUAUCUUUGUACUCCUUGAUCAACUGUACAACUCUUCUUCUUGAUGAUGAGAUUAAGCAAAUCUUUGGUUG